AUGUGUACUUCUCUAUGGUUUAAAGUUUUUCAAGUUUUACUUGAAGAUAAAAUUGUAUCAUCACCCUCUGGGAAUUAUACCAGUAUCACUGACAAUGUCCAGUCUCCCACCGAACAACUAGAAAAGGAGAAGAAUAUUUUAAAAAGGCAAACAUCGAUCGAUGCCAGUGACUGCAUUAAAAAAGAUGGUGAAACAUUCUGUACUGAGCUUCGUAAUUAUCCUGAAAAGUCACAUUUGAAAGAAUUAAUCGAAACGAAAUACCCCCAUUUGGAGUCAAACUUUGAUAAAGAUGUUACUCCAACAAAUUUCAAAAGUCGACGCUUAAAUCUUGAGCCCGAUGAGGAGUUCUUGUGUAAGAGCCACAUCAAGGUAAUUUAUCCAGAGUCUGGUGUCAAUGAAAACCUUGACUGGAUGGUUAUUGUUAACAUACCAGAAUAUAAACAGGGCAUACGUAUAGAGGAAUGCGACUCAGAGGGCUCAGAGUGUGGCGAUGAAUUUGGAAUGACCCUACCCAGUACUUAUACGACACACUGUAAACAAUAUUACAUCUAUCGUGCUUUGGUGGCUUAUGCAGAUGAUGAUAACAUUGUAACAGAACAUUUUAAAUUCCCAGCCUGCUGUAAAUGUGUGAUUAGAUCGGAUAUAUACUAUGAAUAUGAUAAUGAAUAUUGAAAUCCCGCAACUGGUAUUUGGCAAUCAGGCGAAUAGGAAGAUAUUGUUGACGAAAUGUACUCCAAUGUGAAUAUUCACAUUAAAACUAAUCAAACUACAUAUGUAUAACAUAUUCUGCUUUUCAGAAACCCUAACAAACUCUUACUUGAAGGUCAAACUGUCUUAUACUUUAGAUAAAUACUUAAACAAGAAAAUAAUUAUAUAUUAAAUAUUAGUAUUUACUUUAAAACUAUAUAUAUACUACAUAUAACUACACCAUUUCCAAUAGUAUUUAAGAAAUUAUAAAAUUUUAUUUAAAAUAUUUUAAAAGUCUUGCAAAAUUUAAAGUUUGUGGUAUACAAAUCUAUAACUAUUUCUAAACAGAAAAAUAAACAAAUCUGAUUAUAUUUUGAAUACAAUUGGAAAUGGUGUACAAAAUAUAAAAAUCACUAUAAAGUACAAAAAAACGAAUAUCGGAUAAAUUUACUUUAGCAAUAUAACAAACAUUUUAUUUUUAUAAAAUUAUUUUAUUAGUAUUAAACAAUUUAAUAAAAUUGUACGUUAUAUUAUUUAUAUCUACAAUUUUAUCACUGACUUGAAUAUUGUGAAUUAUUUUUAUACUAAAGAUUUAAAUAUCGAGAA